AUGAAAGAGCUCGAUUGGCUACCAUUGAAAUUAACACUUCAAAUAAUGGUAAAUCCGAAAUAUACGACCAUGUAUUGUAUAAAUAUUUUGAUCUUGUUUAUUUAAAAAAAAACUUUAUUGCACUACAAAAGAUACUGAUGUAAUAAGUAAUCGUGUCUUAUCAGUUGCACAUCGUGAUUUACGUAAAGUUUAUGCAGAAUAUGAAUGAGACUAUCAUAGUGAAUGCAUCAAGUAUUAGACUUGCAUUCUCACUCUCAACAUCCACCGAUAAUAUAAGAUGAAUUAUGCAAUGGAAUUCUUUGAAUAUUACAGAAACAAUUAUUUAUUAUCAUUUCAAUUGAAUUGUAAUAUUCAGAAUUCUUUCAUAUUGUCAUUAAAUCAUAAACUUAUUUAUGUUAUCUAUAUGAUCAGCACUAUCAACCAUCUUGAGGGUGAGGGUAUGAGUGUGUGUCACUCCUUCAUCCGCUCCCUCAUCCUUUCCCACUACAUACAUAGUACACGUCAUCACUGAUUCAUGGACGAAGAAAAAUAUAUCAUGCACCUGUUUCAAAUCAACAGUAUGUAUAAAAGUAUCUACGAGAAGAAAGACUAAAAUAAUGCAAUCAAUUCGAAAUCAUUAUCAAAUUAAACUUUACCCAGUUUAUUUGAUUAUUUUGAUGAGAUUGAUCUUCUUCGUAUAUUUUCUGAAUUCAAUUCUUGUUUGAAGUUUCUUCUAUCGAAAAAUAUGGAUUUCAUUGUCUGAAGUGUUUUAUCUCCUAUAAAGAAACCUGAUUUCGAUGAAAGAACUAUACUAAGAAUAUUAUCCACUUCGUGCUUCUUGAAUUCAUUUAUUUUUAUCAUCAUUAUUAUUUUAUAUUUGGUUAUUAAAAACUUUAUUAAAUUGUAUAGAAUAUAUGAUAGAAAUAGACAACAUCAAUGAAUUUAAAACAGAAGAUUAUCUUCAUCAACAUACAUCCGUAAUCUUGUUUAUUACGAUGUAAUUGAUGGUGAGUGUGGGUGUGUUGUGUUUGGGUGUAGGCUGUGGAUCGGGGCCUGUCAAUGUAGGUGAGCGGAAGGCUCUUCCGAAUCCAUACUCACACCCAAACACAAUACAUCCACAUCUUCAGUUCCAAUUCUUCUGUUUUAUUGUUACACUCUACAUUAUAGACAUUCUCAUGCGUUUCCUAUAGGGUGAAGCAUAGUUUUCGGAAAAUCUGAUACAACGAACGCCGAUCCAGCAGUAGUGAGGUGACCAUAAUCAUAGGCUGUUAGUGUGUCGACACUGUCUCCAGUUCUCGUUAGGCAACCAUCAGAGUUGCAGAAUAUUUUGUAUGGAGAAAUAUAAUUGAUCUUCGUCUCAAUAGCAAAAGCUUGCAUUUUCUCAUCUAAAGUAUCUAUGUUCGAAACUAAACCAAUGCGCAUACGUAUGGGCACUUGGUCUAAUUUAUGCUGCAAGCCAUAAUCAUAAAGAUUCUUUGGUAAGCUACCAUGCCAAAUCGGAAAUGGUCCCACCAAAUAAAUGUUCUUUAUCGUUGCAUUCUUCAAGCUUCUAAUAGUGUUUAUUACGU